AUGUCUUCAACAUUUCAAAUGCAACAACCAUUUUAUCGUCCAGCUUCUCUAACCGUGGAUACCCAACACGCACAGAAGUACUUCGAAGACGAAGACAACAGUGUGCUAGACGAUAGCAUUCUUGAUCACAACACACUCGACUCCGGCUUAGAACUAUCGCCUCCCAUGGCCGGCAGCCGUAGAGACUCCUUCGCCGUUGGACAACAUCCUCUGUUCUCACCAAAGACAGAGGACUGGCACUCCGUCGACAUGCAGUCCGUCCCUUCCAACAACCCUUUCCUGGACCAGCACAGCAACAACCCUUUCAUGCGCGGCCUCGACCAAACUCAACACAAUGCCUACGCUACCGCCAACUGGGCCUUUGGACCCAGCUCCGGUGCUUGCACUCCUCUGCAUCCUUUUGACGGUAUGACUGAGUAUGACGCCGGUGUUCCUCUCUUCCAACAGCGACCCAUGACCGGUCCGACACCAUUCACAAACCCUGGCAACAUGUUCCCAUCGCUCCCCGGUGCAAACCAGUCCAUCCCCACUUCUCCCCAGAAAGAGUGGAUGACCCCUCAGCAACCCAUCAACAAGAACAAGAUGCGCCCUAGCAGCCCCGGUAUCCGCUCACACAACGAGAUGCGCCGAGGCGAUGGCAUUCGUAAGAAGAAUGCUCGCUUUGAUAUCCCGGCCGAGCGAAACCUCAGCAACAUUGACCAUCUCAUCUCACAAUCUACUGAUGAGCAAGAGAUCAAGGAGCUUAAGCAACAAAAGCGACUGCUUCGCAACCGACAGGCAGCCCUUGACUCAAGGCAACGCAAGAAGCAACACACUGAGCGUUUGGAGGAUGAGAAGAAGCAGUACACCGCUGUCAUCAACGAGAUGGAGGAAGAGGUGGCUGAUCUCCGCGCCAAGCUUGAGCAGAUGCUCCUUGAGAAGCAGACAUACACCAACUACAUCGAGAACCUCAACCUCGAGAAGGAGGAGAUGAUCCGCACUCAUACCAUCGAGACUGGCGAGCUCAGGAAGAAGGUCGGUGUUCUGACCGAACACGUCCAGCGACUCGAGAAUGCCGCUCCGUCGGCCGCCGACAACGGUUUCUCAUCCGGUUUCGACGACAUGGACGGUAUGGGUAUGCCUGGCGCCUGGGACGCAUCCAACUUCCUCAACGAGUACCCCGUCGAGCCUGAGGUCAAGCAAGAGAUGGCUAUUGCCCCUGUCAAGAAGAACGAGAACCCCUUUGCCGAGAGCGACAAGCCCGCCCAGGGUGGUCUUCUGUUCAUGCUCUUCCUCGUCGGCGCUUUCGUUCUCUCGAGCCGCUCCACCCCGGCCAUCCCUCGCGUUUCCGAGGACGUCAGGGUCGCCUCGGCCAACAUUCUCGACAGCGUUCUCAAGGAUGCUGGCGUCAACUCUCAGUCGGCUACUCUGCAGGCACCUCCUCAGCCAUCAGGUGCUGCUAACUGGGGCAACCCCAUCCCCAUGAAUGACAUGAUGAUGGACGGCGUUGCACCUUCGAUGCUUUCUGAGCUUGGUGACACAUUGACUCAGCCAAGCCAGGAGCAGACCAACGAGCAGAUCUUCUCUUUGUCGGCCGCCCAAUACAACGGUGUCAACUCUCAAGAUUUCCUCCAAAACGCCCCUGAGAAGUCUUCACCCAGCCAAGGACGUCGAAACCUGGCCGAAGCACUUUCAGCGAUGCGAUCCAACAAACAAAACGAUGCAGCCGAUGUUUACACACGCUCUCUCCUUUGGGACCAGAUCCCCAACGAUGUCGUGCGCAACUUCGCGAAAAUGGUGUCCGAGUGCAACAACGCAGAAUGA